AUCCUAGGAGUCCUUUCGGCAUUCUAUUAAUUAAAUAGCUAGUAAUUAGGUUUAUAAAGGGUGUAAGUAGAAGUUUUCAAAGAGUUAAUUCAUUCGGUGUUGUUGUUGUUGCCGAAAGUAAAGUGUGUUUUUACUCUAUUUUAUUAAUUACUAAAAUCCCCUUUCCAGAACCCUAAAAUCCCAACCGUGAUCUUCAUCUUCUCAAGUGAUUGAAAUGGAAGUAUCAUGGUUGAGUGCAAUUUUGGUCGGCGCCGGUUAUCUCGCUUUCGGCUACUUCAUUGGUUCUCACUAUCCCCAUCGUUUCUUUUUCUCGAAUAGAUUUUCAUCCCUUAAAGAGAAAGAUGAUUCACUUCUCAAUCACAACAAUAACAGUAAGCAGAAGAAGAAUAGUAAGUCCAAAAUCAAAGACUCACUUGAGGUUGAACAGCUCGCGGAAAUUCUCGAGGAUUUUAAGAUGAUACUCGUUGUUCGAAAUGAUCUUAAAAUGGGUAAAGGAAAAAUUGCAGCUCAAUGCAGUCAUGCAACGUUGGGUCUCUACAAAAAGGUUCUUUAUCGAGCUCCAAAGGCUUUAAAUAGGUGGGAGAUGUCUGCGCAGCCCAAGGUUGUUGUCAAAAUUGAAAGUGAAGAAGAUAUGCUGGCUUUGCAAGAAAGGGCUAAAUCUCUGAAGUUACCUACUCAUAUCACAAUUGAUGCGGGACGAACACAGAUUGCACCGAAUUCCAGAACUGUGAUGGCAAUUCUCGGACCUGUUGAAGUGGUAGACGAGGUAACAGGUGGACUGAAACUUCUUUAGUUGUCCAGUUUAGGCGGUUAAUGAUUUACCGUACGUUCCCUUACCUCCUUAGAGCCCCGGGAAGAUUUGGCAUGUUCUUUACCCACUCAAAAUUUUGUAGUUUAUCUUCAGUUGACAGUAGUGAUGAUGGUGAAAACUUGUAGUUGGAAUCAUGAAACUAGUACUAGUAAAUACAGACGGUUGCAAUUCAUUGUUUUAUAUGAAAUGUAGUGUCCAAAAUUUAUGUUAUUGUACCA